CUGUGAACCGUUGUCUAUGAAAUAAAAGUGAAUAAAAUACGGCGCGGGCGAAAAAUUGUAUUUUACCGGGCGGUGUUUAGUUUUGUCGAAACGUUACGUUUAAUUUGAUUUCAAGCAUGGACGAAACAGUAUUAUUACCUUCACCGAACUGGUUUCUUGUUUCAAAUUUGGCCGUAAGCUCUGAUGGGUGGCUUAUUUACGGUGGCCCGUCUAAAAGUCUUUGUGUUUUGGAGCCACGAAAGGCAGAUGAAGGAGUAAUUGCUUCAAAUGAAAAAUAUCAGGCUCAUGUGGUUCUCAGGGCACAUUCCGAACGGAUUGUAGCAGUGAAUAUUUCGCCGGAAUGGUCAGAAAAAAGGACCUUACUCACCGGCAGUCAAGACGGAGUGGUCAAACAAUGGAUUUUAGAAACUGUUAACAAUAGGAUUAAAAUCAAAGCUCAAAAUGUCAAUGAUGUACACCAAGCAGAACAAGAAGAUGUAGUUGGAGUAGGUUACAGUAGUUCAACGAUGGCCAUAUCAGUUGGGGGUUACAGUAACGUAGUGAAAUGGGACUUGUCUUCCAAUGUAACCACAGGAUACCCUCACUUAAUUAAGGGCUUGAAGCCAACCUGCAUGGCUUGCUCACCUCAUUUGCAAUUACAUGUCGCUGUGGGAACAAAGCAGGGUGUCAUCUUUGUUUUGGAUCUUCAUGAAAAAGGAAGUAUAUUAUAUAAAGUUAGAAGCCAAGAUGAAGAGGUAGCAAAUCUAAGCUGGUGUCCACAAUAUGAAGUGACUGUUAAGAAAACAUUUAAAGAGACCAAAUCAUUCCUAACAGACAGGCUAGCAUCAAUAAGAAGUGAAGGCACAAACUCAAAAACAAAAGAAACAAAUGUUCUGGAACAAUCCGGUAUUGGUAAAACCCUUCCAGAUGACAGUUUUGAUGACUCAAUAGUGCAAGAAGAUGAUACCUUUGAUAUUUAUGCUGACCAUGAGGCUGAAGAGUUUGGUCACAAAAAGUAUGUACCAGAAGAUAUUGUGGUUAAGGUAAAGAAGGAGAAAGCUGCUGAUGUUGAUUAUUUGGCUGAAUGUUUGAAACUCAAAGAGGAGAUAUUAAGAAGGAAGAAUCAAACUGAACCGAGUAUUGAGUCACUGGUUGAUGCGUUGGAUAAGACUCAUGUUGAAACUGCUAAUCUGGCUGAUACUGAAGUAGAUAGUGCACAAACGCAGGCUGAAAGUGUUGAGGCAAGCACUAGUAAGGCAAAAUGUGAUAAUACUGAUGCCAAAGUCGCUAACGAAUCUAGUCACUAUCACAAACAUCUACUUGCUUCUAUAGGAAAAAAUGGAGGUGUUCGAGUAUGGUCUAAAUCUGGUCAGCUAGUUAGCUCUAGUAUUGUUAAUGCCUCUCAAAAAACAGUCAAGAAAGGGCCUGUUGCUUCUACAAUUCUCUGGUACAAAGCAGAUACUUUGCUCAUUGUUGAUCCCAAGAGUCAACUGAUGGAGACUAAUCCACUACAAAUUAACAACAAGAACAAACUGGCUUGCCAAUUAGUUCAUCAACAACACAAGCGUGGUAUGUACUGCAUAGUCACGAAUGCUCCUCGCGUACAAACUGAGACAACGGUACCUUCAGACGAUUGGUCGGUCUGGUCAGCCUCUCAAGACCGCAACAUUAUACGAUAUUGUUUGAAGAGUAAGAAGUCUUUAGCGGUCCAUUCAACUUGUGGUGGUUUCUUAUAUACGGUGUUGAGUUGCCCGUAUGAUGCUGGGAAAGUGGCAGUAAGCGUGGGCGACGGUACAAUUCGCGUGCUAGAGAUGGCGACCCUACCUGAUGACGACACAAAGUUAACAGUUCCUAGCGUCGUGUCCUACUGGCAGAAUGUUCAAGGCAAAGUGCUGACUAUCGCCUGGCAUCCGACGAGAGAGAAUUUACUAGCUUUCGCUACGGGAGAGGCUAGGGUAGGGCUGCUAGACACGGGCGGUCGCUACGAGCGGCCGGGCCGCGUGCUGCACCCGGGGCUGAGCAAGGCGGUGUACUCGCUGUGCUGGGGGGACGGCAUGUUACUAUGUACUACAGUAGGGCUGCUAGACACGGGCGGUCGCUACGAGCGGCCGGGCCGCGUGCUGCACCGGGCUGAGCAAGGCGGUGUACUCGCUGUGCUGGGGACGGUAGGGCUGCUAGACACGGGCGGUCGCUACGAGCGGCCGGGCCGCGUGCUGCACCGGGCUGAGCAAGGCGGUGUACUCGCUGUGCUGGGGACGGUAGGGCUGCUAGACACGGGCGGUCGCUACGAGCGGCCGGGCCGCGUGCUGCACCCGGGGCUGAGCAAGGCGGUGUACUCGCUGUGCUGGGGGGACGGCAUGUUACUAUGUACUACAGUAGGGCUGCUAGACACGGGCGGUCGCUACGAGCGGCCGGGCCGCGUGCUGCACCCGGGGCUGAGCAAGGCGGUGUACUCGCUGUGCUGGGGGGACGGCAUGUUACUAUGUACUACAGUAGGGCUGCUAGACACGGGCGGUCGCUACGAGCGGCCGGGCCGCGUGCUGCACCCGGGGCUGAGCAAGGCGGUGUACUCGCUGUGCUGGGGGGACGGCAUGUUACUAUGUACUACAGUAGGGCUGCUAGACACGGGCGGUCGCUACGAGCGGCCGGGCCGCGUGCUGCACCCGGGCUGA